AUGUCAAGAGAUGAUGUCAUGCUCUUGUCAUCAUCAGUGGAAGAGAUCCCGACGGUGAUCCGUCUACUCACCCAAUCAGUACCUUCAUUACAGCAAAAAGCCAUUGAGCGCUUCUUCACUAAAGAUGCCGCAUUCUACCAUCCAUUCUGUCGAGUUCCAAGCUUCAAAGAGAGCAGAUGGUAUGUGCUGAAGAUUUUCCAAUGGUACAAGGUGAUGUCGCCGCGCAUAGAAAUAGAGGUCCAUUCAGUUGCAUUUGAUGAGGCAAAUUUGAAAUUAUAUGUUCACAUGUCACAAAUUUUCUCCAUCUGGCUUGUGCCCUUCCAUGUUGCACCAGUGACCUUGACAACGGUUCUGGAUCUGACCACCGACUCGAGUCAGAGCAACCCUCCUCCCAAUUCAGAUCAAACACUAUACUAUAUUCGGAGGCAAGAGGAUCUUUAUCAAACAUCGGAGUUUAUUAAGUUUCUGCUGCCGCACGUUGGACAUUGGGUGGUUUCUAUCUGGCAUCUGCUCGCCACCUUUUUCUGUGUCCUUGGAACGAUGUUUCUGUGGCCUAUGCUUUGGCUUGAGGAAAAGGGCUAUCUUCCUGGACGGGUUGCACAGGGUAAUCUGGCUUAUUCGUUGGAGACAAGAAUUGAGGAGAUCAAACAAGAGUGA